UUUGUUUACUGGACGCCAGUCGCGCACGUCGCUUCGAAGACGCUGUUACUCGGUUGUGCGGAUCGCGAGUUUAGUCCGUGCGAAGUAGUUCCCCUGCAAUCCCUUCCAGAGUGCGAUAAUCCUGACUCUUCCAAGGUUGACAGGCUACCCUAGAAUCCCAGAAUGGCGACACCGCGCGAGCAGUUCUUGUUCGGCAGCGACAACGGAGUGGCCGGCCUCGGUCUGGGCAUCGAGAUCGGGGAGGUGAACUCCAGUCGCGUCUACAACACCACCACAGUGCCAGUUAAUAACAGUGGCGGUUGGCGGAAUGCCCAGUCCAGUGUUACGCCCCCACCCAUUCCAUCCACUCCGCCCCAGGUGAACUACACCAAUGGGAAUACGGCCAGCAAGCAGCCGCCACUGGAGGCCGUCGUGGAGGAGGAGGUGCACUUCGACACCGAUGCCCUGAACAACCUGCCAGCCCGGGAGCCCGUGGACAUGGAAUUCAAGGAGCUGUCCCUCACCGUCAAAUUGGGCUUUAAUCGAGGAUCCAAGGAAAUCUUGCACAAUGUGUGCGGAAAAUUCCCAGGCAGCCAGCUCAUCGCCAUUAUGGGACCUUCGGGUGCAGGGAAGUCCACUCUGCUGGAUGCACUAUCUGGUUUCAAGACGACUGGUGUGGAUGGCUCCAUCUUGCUCAAUGGUCGACGACGUGAUUUGCCUUCUUUCCGUCGGAUGUCCUGCUACAUCACCCAGGAUGAUCGCCUGCAGCCGCUGCUGACGGUGAACGAGAAUAUGCAUAUAGCCGCCGAUCUUAAGCUGGGCCAGACCGUCAGCUACGAGGAGAAGGAGAGCAGGAUCGAGGACAUCCUGCUGCUCCUUGGUCUAUACAAUCACGAUCAGACCCUUACGAUGCGCCUGUCCGGUGGUCAGAAGAAGAGGCUAUCCAUUGCCAUGGAGUUGAUCAAUAAUCCCACUGUGAUGUUCCUGGACGAGCCCACAACUGGCUUGGACAGUAGCUCCUGCACAAAAGUCCUGGAGCUGCUCAAGAAAUUGACCAGCCAAGGACGCACCAUUAUCUGCACCAUCCACCAGCCCACGGCCAAGUUGUUCCAGAUCUUCGAUCAGGUCUACGUCCUGUCUGCCGGCAACUGCGUCUACCAGGGCAGCACCCAGAAAUUGGUGCCGUUCCUGCAGUCGGUGGAUCUGCCCUGUCCCAUGUACCACAAUCCAGCGGAUUACAUUAUCGAGCUCGCUUGCGGAGAGUAUGGAUACGACAAGGUGGACACCCUGAAGCUGGCCACGGAAAACGGAAGCUGCCUGACUUGGUUCGAUAAUCCCAGUGCGGUGUUGCGCGCUGAGGUCUUGAUGAGAAAGUAUCCCAUACCCAAGAAGACCAAAAGCCGAUCCCUGGAGGACACCAGCUACACAAACCAGUGCUCCGUGCUUCUGCGACGCGGUUUCAUAAAGGCCAACCGAGACACGACCAUGACGCACUUGAGGAUCGGAGUCAACAUAGCAGUGGCCGCCCUCUUUGGUGCCAUGUACGAUCACACGGGAUGGGAGGGAUCUCGAGUGCUCGACAACUACAAUCUGCUGUUUGCCAUACUGAUGCACCAUUCCAUGACGACAAUGAUGUUGACUGUUCUGACUUUCCCCAUGGACAUCUCCAUACUGAUCAAGGAGCACUUCAACCGCUGGUACUCGCUCAAAGCCUACUACACUGCCAUGACGCUCGUGGAUCUGCCAAUAUCUAUCAUAAGUUGCUUCUUCUUCACUGUCAUCGUUUACCUUUGGAGUUAUCAGCCAAUGGAGUGGAUACGAUUCUUUAUGUUCUUCUCCAUUAGUUUACUGACCGUCUUUGUGGGCCAUAGUUUCGGUUUGAUGAUUGGUGCCUGGUUCGAUGUGGUCAACGGAACCUUCUUGGCCCCAGUGCUAACCAUUCCCAUGAUGAUGUUCGCCGGCUUUGGAGUGACCCUGCGUGAUCUGCCAAGCUACUUAAGGUGGGGCAGUCACAUAUCAUACUUAAGAUAUGGACUUGAGGGCUUCAUAUCAGCCAUUUAUGGCUUGGAUCGAGGUACCUUGGCCUGUGAGGAGGCGCCCUACUGCCAUUACAGGUAUCCAAAGAAAUUCUUAGAGGAAAUCACCAUGAGAGGUGAUCAGUUCUGGAACGAUGUGAUCGCGCUGGGACUCAUGAUCUUUAUUUUCCGAUUUGUGUCCUACGUGGUGCUGAAGGCCAAGAUCAAGUCGAUCCGAUAAGCCACUUGGGAGAGACACACCUGUAGCCCAUUCCUUGUAUUAUACAUUAAGUGUUGACCAUUAUGUUUAGUGCUAUUAAUAUUUAAAUAAUAUGUACAAGUACAUAAAACACUGUUAAAUAAAGCUACGAUUUGUAACUAGCCUAAAA